AGAAAGGGAGCGGGAGGAGAGGAAAGCAAGGGAAAGUUCGUUCAGAGAGAUAAAGGAGUGAAGCGAAAGGAAGCGCGAAAACAAAAACAAGGCCCAGAUUCCUCCUCUCCGGCCGGAUCCUCUCACCUCUCUCUUUCUCUCUCCUUCUGUUGCUGGGUGUUGUUGUUGUUGCUGUUCCCUUCUCCCUCUCUCUCCCUCCCCAUCUCCCUCUCCAUCUCCAUCUCUGUAGCUAUAGGGAGGAGAUGUAUUCCGACUUCCGAGCCCCCCAUCUCCAAGGAAAUUGCGACGAGCCCAUCGUUCCAUAUCUCCCUUUAAGAUUGACCUGAGACUGCUUCGUCCACACCACGAGUGCAAGAGAGGUGGGAGACAGACACACAGAGAGAGAGAGAGAGAGAGAGAGACUGGCGAGGAAGAGAUAACGAACCAGCAUUUGCUGCGUCACCAGCUCUCUACCUAGCAAGCUAGCUAGCGGCCGGUGCGCGCGGCGGCGAUGAACAGAGGACAAUUCCGGGCCUCGCCUUUGCAGCAGCAGGUGAUCUGGAGCGCCGAUACCGCCACGGCCAGCAGCAGCAGCGUCGUCAUGAGCGCCUUCAACUUCAAUUCGUGCCAUGAGGAUCAAGAGGCCUUCUCCCCCAACAACCUGCCGUCCUUGUCUUCCCCGUCGCUGCUCUUCUCCCACGACCAGCAGCAGUCGUUUCCGCACACCGGUACCACUACCACCUCUCCGGGCCACCAACUUCUUGCCAACCGCGGCGCAGCAGCGGGCGGCUGCCUUCCAAGUCUGCACGACGGCGGCCAGGAGAACCACCACAUGCCGGAGUCGUGGAGCCAGAUGCUUCUAGCGGGGCUAGUCGGAGGAGAUCAGGAGCGCUGCACCGCAGCUCUCCUGUCAAAGGGCAUGGACGAUUGGGGGGAUCACGCUGCGACUGCAAGCGCGGCGUGCAUGGUGGGUGGCGGCGGUACGAAGAAGGAUGAGGGCUCCGCCGUGCCUCAACAACCUCCGUAUAGCUUCUACGGGAGCCACGGCCACCUCGCUGCUGGCGGUGAUGAGCAUGAGAUGCCGGCGCCAGCCAGCAAGGCUCAGCUCAGCCAGAUGCUCCUGGCCUCGUCUCCUCGCUCGUGCGUCACCACGAGCCUCGGCAGCAACAUGCUUGACUUCUCCAACAGCGCGCCGCCGAUGGAGCUGAAGCGCCACCAUCAUCACUCUGAUAACUCAUCCGAGUGCAACAGCACUGCGACUGCUGCAGGUUCGGCCGUCAAGAAGCCUAGGGUUCAGGCGGCCUCCUCUUCAGCACAAUCUACUCUAAAGUAUGAGACCUGUUUUUGUACGUUGCAGGUGAGGAAGGAGAGACUGGGCGAUAGAAUAACUGCUCUUCAUCAGAUCGUUUCCCCGUUUGGAAAGACUGACACGGCGUCUGUGCUGCAAGAGACCAUUGGGUAUAUCAGAUUCCUCCUGGGUCAAAUUGAGGCUCUCAGCUACCCCUACAUGGGCCACGGCAAUUUGACCUCCUCCUCCACUCAAAAUGGGCCAGCUGGAUCAGAAAGGAACCCUGCAGGGCUGUUCCCAGAAUACCCCGGCCAGUUGCUAAACCAUAAUCAUAACACUGGAGCACAGCAGCAGCAGCCUGCAGCAGUCCAGCAGCCGCCUGAUGAGAAGCAGGGAGUCGAUGACGAGGUGAAAAGGGACUUGAGGAGCCGGGGGCUGUGCCUCGUCCCGGUGUCCUGCACGUCGCACUUCGGAGGGGACAACGCCGCUGACUACUGGGCCCCGGCGGCGCUCGGCGGGAUGUUCCGCUAGAUAGAGCAUACAGCGCCGCCGUGCCAUUGAAGCAUGGUGGUCUAGACGUACGUACGUACGGGCUGGGCGAGCAGCUGUUUGGUGCGAGUAUAUGUGUUCAUGACGCUUGCUGCAGGUAGAGAGAUCAUCGAGCUGUCUAAGAAUCAUCGCGAGCUAGCUAGCUAGGGUGGUGCAGCUGGGAAACAUAGCAUCAUGAGCAGUCAUUCUGGUAAGGGAGAAGCGAGAACCUGUAAGGCUGAUUGCUCUUGAUGCUAUGCGAGUAGUAUAUGACCUUUCGGGGCCGUAAAGCUUCGUCGUCUGUAUCUUCAGUUGGAGGGCUUAGCUUCUGCAGGAAGAUCUAGCUAGAUCUUCUCUGGUCCUUCGCGCAGAUUUGUUUUGUUGAUCGUGUAUAUGUAAUUAAAAUCUAGCAAGUUGUCAGUGAACAUCUUUACUCAUAUAUAUAGAUCCUGCCAUGCUCGUACAAGUUGGCCGGGACAGGGAGAUCGAGCUAGUCCCGGCGGGGCGCCGUCUUCUUCAUUUAUGCGCCGCCGCGCCGGGUGUACUUAUCUGGGAAAAUGAAAAUAAUCCUUUGAAAAAA